GGCGCUGCCCGGCUGCUGGUAGCUGCUGCUGUGGCGGCGGGGAUCCCCGGGAAUCGGGUACGGGACGGUCUUUCCCUCCCGUCAGAUCCCAGCGCCGAGAAUGUCGAGCCGACUGCCGCCCUGCGUCGUAGACAGCGGCACCGGGUAUACAAAACUGGGCUACGCUGGAAAUACUGAACCACAAUUUAUUAUUCCAUCAUGCAUUGCAAUAAGAGAAUCGGCCAAAGUAGGUGACCAGGCACAGAGGAGACUGGCCCAAGGUGUGGAUGAUCUAGACUUUUUCAUUGGAGAUGAAGCUCUUGUCAAGCCCACCUAUGCUACAAAGUGGCCUAUCCGGCAUGGCAUGGUGGAAGACUGGGAUCUGAUGGAAAGGUUCAUGGAACACAUUAUUUUUAAGUAUCUUCGAGCUGAACCAGAAGAUCACUAUUUUUUAAUGACUGAACCGCCACUGAACACACCUGAAAACCGAGAAUAUCUUGCAGAGAUUAUGUUUGAAUCAUUUAACAUACCUGGACUUUAUAUUGCUGUGCAGGCUGUGCUAGCCUUAGCUGCAUCCUGGACUUCACGACAAGUUGGGAACCGUACCUUAACUGGCACAGUGGUUGACAGUGGGGAUGGAGUGACUCAUGUCAUUCCAGUGGCAGAAGGUUACGUGAUUGGUAGCUGCAUCAAGCACAUCCCCAUUGCAGGAAGAGAUAUCACAUAUUUUAUUCAGCAACUCCUAAGGGAAAGAGAGAUGGGAAUUCCUCCGGAGCAAUCUCUGGAAACAGCAAAAGCUAUAAAGGAAAAAUAUUGUUAUAUUUGUCCUGACAUAGUAAAAGAAUUUGCAAAGUAUGAUGUUGAUCCCCACAAAUGGAUUAAGCAAUACACAGGAAUCAAUGCCAUCAAUAGAAACACAUUUACGAUAGACGUUGGUUAUGAAAGGUUCCUUGGGCCAGAGGUCUUCUUUCACCCAGAGUUUGCCAAUCCAGAUUUUGUGGAUUCUAUUUCGAAUGUGGUGGAUGAAGUUAUACAGAACUGUCCCAUUGAUGUUCGGCGUCCUUUGUAUAAGAACGUGGUGCUUUCAGGAGGAUCUACGAUGUUCAGAGAUUUUGGUCGUCGCUUACAGAGAGACUUGAAAAGAGUAGUAGAUGCUCGACUAAAAAUCAGCGAAGAACUCAGCGGUAAUCGAUUAAAGCCCAAACCUGUGGAAGUUCAAGUGAUCAGUCAUCACAUGCAGCGUUAUGCCGUCUGGUUUGGGGGAUCUAUGCUUGCGUCAACGCCAGAGUUCUUUGAAGUGUGUCACACCAAGAAAGCCUACGAGGAAUACGGUCCUGGCAUUUGCCGUCACAAUCCUGUUUUUGGAAUUAUGUCGUAAGAUUCACGGUGCAGCAUCAUCUGUUCUGGGGUCUGAUGGAGAACCUUCUGCUGACCAGGAGGAGAGAGACUUGGUGCAAAUAGCAAACCUCAGCGUGGAUGCUCCCUUGCCUAGAGAGUAUGCAUUAGAAUCAGGGAGUUCAAAGCAAUGGACCGGCUAGAGCUCAGUGGUGAAAAACGACUUGACUGUUAAAUUAACUCCUUUCUGCAAGUUAGCUUCCAAGUGCACAACAUUCGCUUUGCUAGAAGGGAUGAAAGCAGAAACUGUUUAGAUAACAGUUUUUCUCAACCUUAGCACUUUUAAGAUGUGUGGACUACAACUUCCCAUGUUGGCUGGAGAAUUCUGGGAGUUGUGGUCCAGGCAUCUUAAAAGUUGCCAAGGUUGAGAAACAAUAGCCUAUAUGAACAGAGAUAAGAACCCAAAAUAUGAUGUUGUUACUCCUGACUCUGAUAUUCGUUCUAACCUUACCGUGCAGUAUUUUUCAACCUUAGCAACUUUAAGCUUGGUGGACUUCAACUCCCAGAAUUCUAUUGAGGUCCACCCAAGCUUAGAGUUGCCAUAGUGAAUUUGGCCAGGGGAAAGCUCAGCCAUUGUAAAAUUGCGGUCUUGUUUCAUUAAAAAAAAAUACCCUACAUUUGCAAUAUACGAAGGUUUUAAAAGUUUUACGCUUGCGGUUAUGUUUGUGGUUGGUUUUUCUGCAUAAGUACCCACAGAAUUUGUGGAAGUGAUCUGAGUGUCUAGGUAAGGCCCUUAAUAUUAUGAGCCACCGAGAGUUAUUUGAGAUCGAGAUGAGCAGCAUAUAAAUAUAAUAAAUAAUGAAAUAAGUCUUCCUUGCCACUAGUACACAACCCAAGGACAUUCUUUGAGGAUGCCAUGUGUGUUUUUAAAAUGGCAAUGUUAAUAUUGGGCUGAACAUGUUCUGCUUCUGGAUUUAAUUUGUAAGAUUUAUUAUUGCUAUUUAUUUGAUUUUUGGGGAUUAUUGUUUUAAAAAUGGGAAUUGAUUCCUCUUGGUGAAAUAAAACCUGUUAAUGUGUUCACAAACA